AUGACCAGCUUCACAAUUAUGCUUGUACAUAGUACACUCGCAUUGAAAUACUCGAUACUGACUGACCCGGCGAUCUCUACCGCACACGGGAUUGUCAAUCACGUGACAAUACGUGGCACGCCAACACCAGUACUUAUUGCUAACAGCCAGCAAAUAUGUUUGGAGUCAAAGUUUUGCGUGCACACGGGCAAAAGGCGUUGUGGAUUGGAUUCUACUACGAGGGAAGUGAGACGAUUUUUGGAUAAAUGUGAUAUGUUCGAGUUUAACUGCCAGUAUAAAAAACUUUCUCUUCUAUUGGUGUGCUGUUUGUUAUGUGUGGCAGCUCAUGGGCCACCUCAAGAUCGCGACAGCGAGGACAUCGCAAUGGGGAGGAAGGUAAAAAAAAUGGGUGCGAAAUGGUGCAGCAUGGCGCGGGUUUGCAACCAUGAUCGAGUGCCGAUCUGUGGCAUCAGCCAUGCCGGAGACGUGAUGGGUUUCAGGGAUCUAUGCGACAUGUUUGAUUUCAACUGCAUCAGGCGACGAAAUUACAAGCAAACAGCGUGUCCAGAAGAUAAAUCUAUACUUACUGUAUCACGUCGACCUACAAAUAGCUAUUAUGACGAUUAAACCAAAAUAUUAGACAUUAUUUACGAAUACAAUUAGUAUUUAUUAUAAUUAACUUAAUAUAAAUUAUAAAACAUAUUAACAUUUAACAGAAUUUUCAUAAUCCAUAAAAUUUAUUCUUUCUUCAUAAACUACAAAAUUUACUUACACGUUAUUUAACGUUUAUUUACAAAUAAUCUACU